AUGUUUUUCCGCCAUUUUUACUUUAUUCUGAAUUCUUUCUUUUCCUUUCUUUCUUUCUUUUUCUUUCUUUCUUUCUUUCUUUCUUUCUUUUUCUUUCUUUCUUUCUUUUUCUUUCUUUCUUUUUACUUUUUUCUUUAUUUCUUUUUCUUUCUUUCUUUCUUUUCUUUCUUUUAUUAUAUUUUUUUCUUAAUAUUUUGGAUCAUUCUUUUACUUCUAUCUUUUUAUUUAUGUUCUCUUUCUUUCUUUCUUUCCUUCUUUCUUUCUUUCCUUCUUUCUUUCCUUCUUUCUUUCUUUCCUUCUUUCUUCUUUCUUUCUUUCUUUCUUUCUUCCUGCAUUAAUGCUUUUUUCUCUUGUUUUUUUUCUUGCUUUCUUUAUUUUGUUCCUUUGUUUUUAUUUCUAUUGUUUGCUCUUUCUUUCUUUCUUUCUUUCUUUCUUUCUUCUUUCCUUUUUUUCUUUUUUUCUUCUCUUUUCUACCUUUCUUUUUUUCUCUCUUUCUUUCUUUUUCUUUUUCUAUUUCUUUAG